AUGCUGCGCAAGUCGGGCACCCAGCGCCGGCAGCCGGCGUUAUGGCGGCGAUGCCGCAGCCUCCGGCAGAUCAAGCAGGUCCAUGCGCUCAUGGUUCUCCGGGGCUUCCUCUCGGACCCCUCGGCGCUCCGCGAGCUCAUCUUCGCCUCCUCCGUCGGCGUCAGGGGCGGCACCGCGCACGCCCGCCUCGUGUUCGACCGAAUCCCGCACCCCGACCGGUUCAUGUACAACACCCUCAUCCGCGGCGCCGCGCACAGCGAUGCGCCCCGGGACGCCGUCUCCAUCUACGCGCGCAUGGCCCGGCACAGCGCCGGCAGCGGCGGCGUGAUGGUGAGGCCGGACAAGCGCACCUUCCCGUUCGUGCUCCGCGCCUGCGCCGCCAUGGGCGCGGGCGAAACUGGGGCGCAGAUCCACGCGCACGUGGUCAAGGCCGGGUGCGAGUCGGACGCUUUCGUCAGGAACGCGCUCAUCGGCAUGCACGCUACCUGCGGGGACCUAGGAGAGGGACAUUGGUGCCGCCGGGAGCUGUUCGACGAGAGUCCUGUGAAGGACCUCGUGUCUUGGAAUGUGAUGAUCACGGCAUAUGCGAAGCUGGGUGACAUGGCCCCGGCGAGGGAGCUCUUCGACGGGGCUCCUGAUCGUGAUGUUGUGUCGUGGAACGCCAUGAUCUCUGGGUACGUGAGGUGCGGCUCGCACAAGCAAGCAAUGGAGCUCUUUGAGCAGAUGCAGGCCAUGGGAGAAAAGCCAGAUACUGUCACGAUGCUCAGCUUAUUGUCAGCCUGUGCCGAUUCUGGUGACCUGGAUGCUGGCCGCAGACUGCACAGGUUUCUGUCAGGGAGGUUUUCUAGAAUUGGGCCUGCCGCUGUUCUUGGAAAUGCGCUGAUCGACAUGUAUGCAAAGUGUGGGAGCAUGACGAGUGCACUAGAGGUGUUCUGGUUGAUGCAAGAUAAGAAUGUCUCGACUUGGAACUCGAUCAUAGGAGGAUUAGCAUUGCAUGGCCAUGUCACAGAGUCCAUAGAUGUGUUCCAGAAGAUGCUGCAGGGGGAUGUCAAGCCAGACGAGAUUACCUUUGUUGCUGUCCUUGUUGCAUGCAGCCAUGGCGGAAUGGUUGACAAGGGACACGAGUACUUCAACUUGAUGCAAAAACGAUACAGGAUUGAGCCCAAUGUCAAACACUACGGUUGCAUGGUUGACAUGCUGAGUCGUGCAGGUCUGCUCAAAGAAGCGUUUGAAUUCAUCGGCACAAUGAAGAUCGAGCCUAAUCCUGUCAUAUGGAGGACCCUGCUUGGGGCUUGUAGGGUCCAUGGUGAGAUCGAACUGGCUGAGCAUGCGAAUCGGGAACUUCUAGAGGCAAGGAGUGAUGCAAGUGGGGAUUUUGUGCUUCUGUCGAACAUUUAUGCAUCAGCUGGAGAAUGGCUGGGGUCAGAGAAUAUGAGAAAGUUGAUGGACGACAGUGGUGUCAACAAGGAGGCAGGCCGUGCAGUUGUAGAUGGCAGUUCGAAGGAUCUAAUACAAUCUUCUAGACUGUUCUAA